CUUCUUUUAAUUUCCCAGCGGAAGUCCAUUAAGACGCAGACUCUCUUUUUUCUUAACUUCGCCUGAACGUAUGGAAAUUCAUCCUUUUUUGGCCAAUGUGGCCUGUAUAUCCUAUACCAUUGUAUAUGUGGGGGCACUUUACGUGUUAUGCCCCAAGAAGCUCGCUUCUCUUCCCCGCGAUCAUCCCAGUGUCAUGGCUUCUCGAAUAAAAGCAGUCAGUUUGGCAUCCUGCCUCACAUGCCUGACCAUUUAUGCCUUGGUCAUUCCCCAUAUCCCCGUGACACAGCAAAUCGAUCGCUUCAAGACCAUUCUUGGUUUGCGAUGGUCGGUCCACGAAUUAUACGCCGUAUUAUCGCCGUUACUCUUGGUCAUAUUUUUGUUCCUCGGCCCUCUAAGUAUUAUGUAUUUCGAGAAAGUACUGCCUUUCCAAGCGAAUUUCAGUUUCCAGCAUGACGUCAAGGACGUCUUUUUCUCGUUGCUCGGGCAGCGAAAUUAUGUCGUGGGUCCUAUCACCGAAGAAAUUGUCUUUCGAGCAUGCAUGCUGGCCACGCUUUAUCAUGCCAAUUUUUCAAAAGGAUAUCUCAUCUUUGCGUCUCCUCUCUAUUUUGGGUUGGCUCACAUUCAUCAUGCGGUGGAAACUUAUCGGCAAAUGGGAGGCACGAGAAAGGCAUUGCAGCAAGCCAUCAUCAUGUCAGCAUUCCAAUUUGCUUAUACGACCAUAUUUGGAUGGUAUGUUAGCUUUAUUUUUCUACGAACGGGAAAUUUAGUGUCUCCUAUUGUGUGCCACGUGUUCUGCAAUAUCAUGGGAUUUCCUGAUCUAAGCGGUAUGCACAUGCUGAAACCAGUCCAGCAAAAGGUGAUCUGGGUGUGUUUCAUUGUCGGUAUCGUACUAUUUGGAGCGCUUUUGAUUCCAAUGACCAAUCCGUCCGUGGUAGGCGAUUCCAUGUAUUGGUCAUGAUGAGAAAUAGAAAUAGAGAUAUAAUUUUGUUGCUUUUUGAUCGUAAAAU